AGGCGGGGCAUCGUAAUGUCAGUUACUUUGUAUAAAAUUUUUAUUUAUUUUAAGUUUUAAGUAUUUAUUAAUCAACAAAAUGUAUUUUAAAAUAUCAGGAUUAAUCAGCUGUCUACUUCUGAUUUGGAGUUUUGUCUCUGUGAAUGCCCAGGCCAAUGACUUCAAGAAUAGCAGCAACAUCGUUUGGUGUACUUCAAGCCUUGAAGAACAAUACAAGUGCCUUAAUUUCUCCCUUGCUGUCAAUUUAACCAAAUCAGUUUUCGAGCCUUUCUAUUUAUCAUGUUAUCAGGCGUUCAAUAAAGAAGAAUGCAUGAGUUUACUAGAUCAAGAAAAGGCAGAUCUGACAAGUCUAGAUGCUGGUGAAGUCUUCGUCGGUGGUCGUUAUCACAGUUUAGUCCCAAUCAUGCAAGAAGUUUAUCCAGAAAACAUGCGGCACUUUUAUUCUGUGGCGGCUGUGAAGAAAGGAUCUCUCCCAGAUGUGUACAGCAUAAGAAAUUUGCGCGGUAAAAAAGCUUGUUUUGCAGGUGUGGGUACUUUAGCAGGUUGGGUCAUCCCUGUUCAUGUUUUAAUGCAGCAUGGUGGCAUGGAAAUAAUAGAUUGUAACAAUCAUGUGAAGUCUACAAUCAAUUUCUUCGGCCCGAGUUGCGCUGUGAACUCAUUGAUUGAUAAGUACAAUCCUAUCGGGGAUAACUCUAAUAAGUUGUGUGACAUCUGCAUUGGAAGAAUUCCUGGCGAGCGCUGCACUGCAGCCGACCCAUAUGCUGGUUUUGAAGGAGCUUUCAAGUGUCUAGUCGAAGCUGGUGAAGUCGCAUUUCUUAAGCAUACUACAAUUACUGAGAUGACCGCAACAAAUCUGAAUUUCCUUGGUGUCAAUCCCGACGAGUUUGAAUUACUAUGCUUAGAUGGCUCUCGUGCUCCAGUGAGUGAGUAUCGAAACUGCAACUGGGGCGCAUCUCCCUCGUUUGCUGUUGUCACAACGUCAGCUAAAACUUUUGAAAUUCGUCAGAAGUAUAUCAAAUUUUUACAGAAUGCAGCAAGAACCUUUGGUGGAGAAAAACCUACAGAGUUCUUUUAUACAACAUCAUCAACAACCACACAGACAUAUGAUUGGAAUCAAGACUUCAACAACCCGAAUUUCAACCAGCCUUCAGAAGCCACCAUUCCCAACACUUAUUCUCAAAACAACAGAUUCCAUCUUUUCUCUUCGGCGCCAUUUUAUGGCACCCGACACAACCUCAUGUUCCAGGAUUCAACAAUGAAACUAGCUCCCCUUCAGGAAGCAGAUCAGACAUACUCGGGCUUCCUUGGUCCAACUUUGGAAAUAAUCAUGGCUGUCCGUGACUGUCCUGUGAAAUCUAUGCGUCUCUGUGUCACUUCUGAUCCGGAAAUGGAGAAGUGCAUCAAAAUGAAGAUCGCAUUGAAAGCCCAAUUGCUGAAGCCAGAAAUGUCGUGCUAUAAAGGUCACAGUCAAAUCUACUGCAUGAAAGCCAUUCAAGAAGGGUUAGCAGAUGUUGCUGUUUUUGAUGCAGGAGAUGUCUACACAGCAGGAUUGCAUUACAGCUUGGUGCCAUUUAUCUCUGAAGUGUAUAAUCUGGGUAAACCGGAGUAUUACGUAGUUGCUGUUGCUAAAGAAGAAGAUCCAGACACAGAGUUGACUUACUUGAAAGGUAAAUUCAGUUGCCACCCUGGAAUCUAUACUGGUGCUGGAUGGAUAAUACCACUCGCGUACUUAAUCUCCAAUGGUUGGAUCAGACCUUACGGCUGUGAUUCAAUAAGAGCAGCUGCUGAAUACUUUACAAAAUCGUGUGUCCCUGGAGCGAUAUCACUCGAAUACAAUGAUGGUGUCCCGUAUGAUAAUAUGUGCGGACUUUGCCAUGGUGCCAGUUACAGAUACUGCAAACGAGAUCAUUCAGAAGAUUACUACGGCUACACUGGAGCACUUCGGUGUUUGGUAGAAGGAGGUGGUAACGUUGCGUUUGUGAAACAUACGACUGUUUUAGAAGUUACGGAUGGAAAACGAAAAGAAUGGUGGGCCCGGAAUACAUUGAAUGAAGAUUUUGAACUCCUAUGCCCAGAUGGUACAAGAUCAACAAUUCAAGAUUAUAUGCGGUGUAAUAUGGGCAAAGUCAAAGCAAACGCAAUUGUGACAAGAGGGGGCAACUCCUAUAAUUUGACCGAACUCAACGCAUACAUAAAUCUCUUUAUCUAUGCUCAGCAAUUCUAUGGUCGGAAGGAUCAAGAUGAAUUCAAUUUUGCCAUGUUCUACUCAACGCCUCCGUACAGUGACCUCAUAUUCCAGGACGCCGCCCAGCAGUUAGAAAUUAUUCCCCCAGAAUUACGAUGGUAUUCUGACUACUUGGGUCCUGACUUCAUGAGAGCUAGGAGGAUUGUCGACUGUCACGCAGGUGCCUCGCAGAGUGCUCCGUCUUUGUUGUUCAUUUCAUUUUGGGCGGUAGCUAUUUUUGUGUUCUUUCAACGAGGAGGAUGAUUCUACUUUCGUAAGUCGAAAAAUUCCUCCAUUUCUAUUUUUUUCCAAUGACAAUUGUAGAUAACAUGAUUUAAUCUCAGACUGGAUCUGAACAGAGUAAGGACUGAAAAAUUGUAAUUAGCAUCUUUAUUUGGCAUGAGCGGACUGAUGCCUCACCAUUCGAUAGGUCCUAAAAUUUUACUAAUUCAUUCAUAUUUGUUUAAGAAUACUUUGCCACAGUUGGCUGUGAGGUUUACUGCACAAAGUUUAUUUGAUAAGACUGUGGAUUUUUAAGUCAUUGUAAGUAUAAUUUUCCACAAGGUUCUUUUUUCAAGAACGUGUGUUCAUAUGUAAAUUAUGUCCUGAGAGAACAAAAGGAUUUCCAGUGAAAGUCGAUGCAUUGGAUUUUUACUUUCGCAUUAUUCAAAAGUGUUUGUUUUAACCCACGUUUAUACACAGCCUGUAGUAUCUAAACUGAAAAAAUCCAUUGCCAUACAUCAGUAUUUCCUUAGAAAGUUCAUAUAGGUCAUAUAUUUUAAUAAAAAUGAAUAGAAAUGUAUUUGAAAUUUCCUCCAAAUUGUGACUUUUUUUGACGAAGAAUGGAGAGGUCAUGAAAAAAAUGUACAUUAUGUUUGCUUUAUGUACAUGAAUUGCAGGAAAAGGUCAUAAAAUUCAACAACAUACUUCAGGAUUUUCAUUCCAAAGGCUUUAUAAACUAUCGAAAGUUUUUAUCGUUAAGUUUUAGUUGAGGUUACUUUGUAUCAUAUUUUUAAAAUUUUCAACCUUGGUCAAAACAUGGCUGUAUCACCAUCAAAACGAUAGAAUUGUUAAAUUGUACAAGAAUGUUGCAGAUUACAAGCACGCACCAAAAUACCUGUAGAAAAAGUAAUAUUUUCUAAUCAGUGUUUGUAAUAAUAUCUUUUCGGUAGCAUGAAGUCUGAUGGCUGAUCAAUAAAAUUAGUAAGAUAUAAAUUUUCAGGAUCCUCUAUCCUGGGUCAGUUUCAUACUAUAAGCAGACAUUUCAAGGAAUAUGCACUUAUGCACAAAUAUGGCCGCCUUUAUUCUGUUAGUUUUGUCUGUCCCCAAAUUCUUCUACUCUUCCAAGUCCAAUUUGGAUUUGUAGAAUAAUCCAUCAUGCAUUUCAGUACCUUUGACGACACUGAUUUUUGUGAAAAAAUAACAAAGAUUUUCAUGCAUGAAACGUUGGGAAGUUCAAACAACACUGACUCUUACUUGAAGAAUUAUACCAGUUUCAAUUGACUAUUAAAGUCUUUGAAAGGCGCACACAAAGUCCAUUGUGCUGUCUAAUUGACAGCAUGACUUGCUAUCAUCAGGACACAAAGCUGAAAUUGAGGUUAAUUUGGCGCUACCUGUGAGAAGGCUGCCUGCCAUGCUAGCUGCUCUACUGUCUAAUGUUCGGUACAAAUAUGCCUCUGAAGCAUUUCUGCAUUAAUAAUCCAAGUCCUUCUCAGCACUUAACACCCUUUUCUCUUUCCUCAAGGAAACCCUUAAAGCUCAGCCUCAAAUGAAAAAAAUCUGAAAGGAGGAAGAUUGCUGUCUAGCUUGAUUUUAAGUAAACAUUUUUAAUGUCAUAGCAUAGUUCUGAACCCACUUAAACGUACUUGUAAGGCUAAAUUAUUAAGCAAGAAAAUGAUUAGUUUAAGCAGGCCACAAGUGCAAUAUUGUCCCCUUUUGAAUUGGUUUCUGUAGAUUACUUUUUUUAGUUGCAGCCUGAUCGAAAAUGCUGGUGAAAUGUUGCUACGUAAAUCAUACACAAUGAACCACCAGACAAAGUCUGACGGCAAAAAAAAGUCCCAUUCUGUGGUCCAACAGAUAUUUUUGUCAGUAGAUAGAUAUUUUUGUAGCAGCUUUGUUCCAGAAAUUUGCCCUGAGUUCUUUUGUCCCUCCUUCUUGUAUGUAUGAAACAAGUUGACUAGGUUAUUCAUACCAUAAUUAUCUGAAUUUAUGUCUCAAACCUCACAGACAACUUGUAAUUUUCAUGCACUAUUGACACCGUAGCAACUUUCUCUGGUUACAGCUAAAAAGAAUACUCCUGCAGAUAUCUCUCGGUGUUGGGUGUCCCAGAACUUUUUAGUAUUUAGUUAAUGAUAGUAUUCACAGAUUUAGUCAUUUCUGGGUUGUACAUGUCACAGGUUUUGAAAAGGAAUAGUAAUCAGAAAAGGGCGCAAUUUCCUUGAGAAUUUUUACCAUUAUUUUACCUCGUACGAAAACAAUUAAGUAGCAAAAAAAAAACUAGAAAAGAUGGCAAAAUAAUUUGUUUUUGAAAAGUUCCUUGGAAGGAUCUCAACAUCAUUUUAUUUUCAAAGAAAAUCGAAACCUGCUUAGUGGUUCCUGAACCCUUGUAAUUUUUGCUACUCCUACAUUUUUUGUAACUCUUAAGGUAAAAUCUUUCAAAGGUAUGAAGCCCUUUGAUUUUCACAUCCUACCUUGUUUUGUCCCAAUAGAAGUUGCAUAAUUAUGGAGAGCCUGUAGCGCUUUCACAAUCUUGAAUUUGGUUUUUGUGAAGAUCAAUGCCCUUUUUUAUCCCUCAUCUCUGACGGUUUAUUUUGGUAAAAUUCUCUGGAUUUUUUUCAUUACAAGCUCA